CCGUUGCGAUCGCUGCCCGCUGGCGGCCGGAAGCGGAAGCGCAGAGCGGCGGCGUAGCCCGGUGGUUCGGCGGUGCGGUUCGGCCAGAAAGAUAGAUUGGGAGGAUGUUGGGACACAGUAUAAAGGCUUCCUCUCUGAUAAAAGCUAUGAGCAGAUUACUGUCUGCAGCAGCUAUAACGACAGCAACAGCAAAAAUGUCUGCAGGAUGCGACUUCGUUGCACUCUACAAUGGGCAGAAAAUCCCUCUCAUAGGACUGGGAACCUGGAAAAGUGAACCUGGCCAAGUGAAAGAAACAGUGAAACAUGCCCUAAGUGUGGGUUAUCGCCACAUCGAUUGUGCAGCAGCUUACAGCAAUGAAGCAGAGAUCGGUGCUGCUUUCCAGGAAUGCCUCGGGCCCAACAAGGUUAUUAAAAGGGAGGACCUGUUUGUAACAUCAAAGCUGUGGAAUACCAAGCACCACCCAGAAGAUGUUGAGCCAGCACUAAGAAAAACACUGGCAGAUUUGAAACUGGAUUACCUGGAUCUGUACCUGAUGCACUGGCCCCAUGCCUUUGAACGAGGGGACAACCUCUUCCCAAAGAAUCCUGAUGGCACAAUGCGUUACGAUUACACCGACUACAAGGAUACCUGGAAGGCUAUGGAGAAGCUGGUGGAGAAAGGUCUUGUGAAAGCCAUUGGGCUGUCAAACUUCAAUAGUCGUCAGAUUGAUGAUGUAUUAAGUGUGGCCACUGUGAAACCAGCUGUGCUCCAGGUGGAAUGUCAUCCUUACCUAGCCCAGAACGAGCUGAUCGCUCACUGCCAGAAACGAGGGCUGGUUGUUACUGCCUACAGUCCCCUCGGUUCUCCUGAUCGCAUGUGGAAACACCCAGACGAGCCCGUGCUUCUAGAGGAACCUGGGAUCAAAAAACUGGCAGAGAAAUACAAGAAGUCACCUGCACAGAUCAUCCUCAGAUGGCAAGUGCAGCGUAAAGUGGUCGCUAUUCCCAAGAGCGUCACUCCUGCUCGCAUUCUGCAGAACCUCCAGGUAUUUGAUUUCAGUCUCACAGAAGAGGAGUUGAGCCACAUUGGAAACCUGAAUAAAAACUGGCGUUACAUCGUGCCAAUGCUCACGGUGGAUGGAAAACCAGUACCGAGAGAUGCCGGACACCCCCAUUAUCCCUUCAAUGAUCCCUAUUAACUACUGGAAAAGGAGGUGUUAGAGUAACAUGCUCCUCUAUAUACUUUUCCUACACAGUAAUUAGUGCCAUAAUUUGUCAAACCACCAGCCCCAUCAAUACAAAACCUCCCUUCCCGAGUCGGUUCUCUUGCAACGUGCUACAUUUGAUUGACCUUCUUUCUGGAGAUCCUGUCGCUUCCAUGUCAUUGUUUGUGGGAUUUAAACUCUCUCCUCUUUUUCCUUCUGGUUUGUCUGUUGAUUUGAGGAGAAUAACGCGUGCCCUGGAGCCGGCCUUCGGGGCAGCCAUUACCUGCAUGGGUAGCUCCAGCUCCACCCUUCCUCUCACAACAGCCCCAAUAACUUUAUAUCGAUCCUUACAGAAACCCACCCUACCUUUCCCACAGCGCUGUCCUGUCUCUGCACCGACGUCUGCGCUGAGUUGUUGGGGUUCGUUCCUGCCUGUACGGUUAUAAAGAGAAAUAAAGUGUCAGAGGAGCCCGUA